AUGUUUAGAAAACUUUUUGAUGGACAAAUUUCAUAUGAUUGUGAUGAUUUAAUUCGUUUUGUUUUAACUGUUCGCAAAAAUUACCGAAAAGUUCCUUACCACAAUUGGACACAUGGAUGGACUGUUGCACACGCAAUGUUUGUAUUUCUUCGACAAACAUCCAUUUUCCAACCUUUAGAAGUUAAAUUAUUUUUUAAAAUUUUAUUUAAUUAA